CUAAACUUACUUCGCGCCCUAAACUUGUAUGCUUCUAUCUUCUUUGUUUACAUUUUUUACAAAAAUAAACUUUUUUCAUAGUUAUAGCACGUUAACGUUACGAUUUCUCUUAUCCAGAAAAAAUUAAAACUGUGUUAAAAAUGUCCAGUUCUGAUAGUGAUAGUGAACAAAAGAACAUUAAAAAACCCAGGUACCCUCGGAGAUAUCAAAAAGAAUGGGAACAGCUGCCCGAGUUUAAAGAAUGGUUACAAAAAAGCGAAAAAUAUGAAUAUGCAAGAUGUAAAUGUUGCUACAAAGAGAUUAAUAUAACAAGCGGAAAGGAGGCUUUAAUUAAACACAGUUUAAGCAAUGUGCAUAAAGAAAGAUUAAUUACCCCUUUUAUUCCUGAGCCUAGAAGUUUAGAGGAUGAAGUCGAUGAUGCGGAAAAAGUUCUGGCAGAUUUUGUUAUUAAACACAAGUUUCCGCCGCUUGCCGUAGAACAUCUCCCAACACUUAUUGCAGCAUGUCUUCCCGAUUCAGAGAUAGCUCAACGAUUGGCAAGCAGAUUGGAUACCAAGACAAAAACUGAAGAGACUGUAGAUGAACCUCAUCUACAUUGAGACUUCAAUGGACUUCACAGUUUCCAGCUAUUAUAGGUAUUGUGAGAAGACCUACGAAAUACCAAAUUUUUUGUAGAUACCUGAUGAAUCUAGUAAUAAGACUACAAUGAAACACCUGUGUUUAGUGGUUAUAGUACAGGAUCAUUUUUAGCAUUAAUGCAACUUUCUGGGGCAGAUGCAAAUACGCUGUGUGGUCACAUCAAACAUUUUUUUAUCAUUUUAUCUUUUAUUUUAACAUUUUAUUAUUUUAUAUUUUUAUUUUUUUAUCUUUUAAAAUUUUAAUGACAUUAUUACAGAUGGUGUUUUUCGAAUGUAUUUCUUUUAUUAUAUUCGUUUUAAGUUCUAAGUUUUUUUGUUUUUAAGUCCACCAUUAAAAAUAUUGUUUUGUAGAAA